AUGUCUUCCGAGCUCGCAAAAAGGGCAGCUACUGCCUUGCAACAAGCGAGCAAGGAAUUACAUGGUAUCGUGGUAUCGGCCGGUCGAAUGGACAAAACCGUAAAGGUUAAGUUGGGAGGUUUACGAUGGGAGCCGAGAGUACAAAAGUUCUUUAAACAACCACGCUUCAAAUUAGUCCACGACCCAUGUAACUCCGUCCGACAAGGCGACGUAGUCGCCAUAACACCAACUUGGAGAGUAUCGCAACACGUGCGCCACGUUGUCAAGCACAUCAUUGCGCCCUACGGCGAUCCCAUCGACGAGCGACCGGCCGUUCCUGCGGUAGAGGAGAGAAUAGCUCAAGUGGCAGCCAAGAGAGCGGCUAAGGAUGAGCGAAGAGCAGUUCGCAAAGAAGAACAAACAAAGAUCAAGGAAGAAGAGAAAGCUGCCCGACAAGCGAGGAGGGCGAUGAAGUUAAAUUGGAAGGCUGGACAAACUAAACAAAUACCUACGCAAGAUACGACACUAGACGAUGUAGAUUGA